UUAACUACCGGAGUUGAAGACCAACAAAUUUUCAUAAGCAUGAAGGUGUAGCGCUUGACUCAUAUCUUUGUGUGCAGUGAAGACAUUGAAAUUAUUUUUGAAAAUUCGAUUUUAGUUGAACUUUUAUGCGAGCGACGAUCGGACGCAUCGAUUUUUGAACUUCUCUACGGUGUCGAAAAGUUAUCGAGUGCUUUAUUUAUUAAAAUUAGUGUUUUAAAAGAGAAGCUGAUAAAAUAUACAUAAAAAUAUUUUCGAUGACAUUUUUAUUGUUUCAUUAAACUGCUUAUGUUAAUAAAUUAAAUAAAUGAUUUUUUUCAACUAAAUAAAUAAUAAAUAACAAACAAAAUGAAAACGAAAGUUAAGUGCAUACAAAGACGGAGUGACAAUGAAUUCUUAAGGUUCGCUAAUGCGGCUAGUCAUACCAAUGACGAGUGUGCUUUUGUGAUGAACAUUAAACGCUUUCGUUUACAAUCAAUCGCUAAAUGCUUGGUUGUGGCAAUCGUUGUGAACUUGGCCAAUUUGGCAUUAUGUUAUGAAACCAAAACUGAUGUGAAAAUAACACCAUCGCUUAAGUAUUCGAAUGAUUCAUUGAGCGGUUUGGCAAGCACAGGAGUGUCAUUGGAAAAUGCUUCGCCAUUGGUGUGGUCAGAAUUACUCGAAGAUUAUAUAUUGAGCCAAUCUAGUCCAAGUGCGCGCACAUCAAAAGAUCUGCCAUUCAUUCCCAGCCAGAAUGAUAUGUCUAUGAUGAAUGCAAAUAUGCAAAACGGAGGACCCGGUCCGCUUUCUUACCACUCUUCAGCUUAUAAGCGACCAAAUGUCUACAUAACGAAACGCAUCGGCGAAGCAGUCGAGUUAGAACCACACAUGCGACCACCGGUUCAUGUAGUGAAUCCACAAUUUCGUCCUAUGACAAACCAAAUGAUACAACAGCAACAACUACAGGAACAACAACAGCGUCAACAACCAGGAUUUUUCCAACAACUGUUCGGCUUAGGUGGAGGCGGCAGCAGUCAGUCUCAAUCACCACCAGCACAACCACCACCGCCAGUGCGACCAGUACCCGUGCAACAGCACCAUAUACAAUCGGUACAACAUAACGGAGCGCAACCACCAUUUCGGGCAGUAACAGAAAAUGAUCUGUAUCUAUUGGGUGCGAUCGAGAAACUCGUUUAUCGCGUGGAUUACUUGGAGAGUCGCAUACGACGCGCCGAACAAUUAAUCUACUACUUAAUGGCGGGAAACAAUCAGAAAGAAGUGCGCGAUCCCUGCCCUGCAAAUUUCACACGUAUCAGUGAUAAUUGCUAUUACAUCAAUAGCAACCAGCAGGUGAAUUGGAAGACCGCCAACUCAGCGUGUAAGGCACUGAAUUCACAUCUUGCGGAGUUUGAAAGGGGUUCGGAAAAUGAAGAAAUCAUGGCUCACCUACUCAAUCAGCCUCAGCAUCGUGGGCGCGACUACUGGUUGGGUGGUUUAAAUCCCGGUUUGCUUUGGAUUUGGUCUAAUUCGGCGAAACCGGUCAAUCCAAAUAUGAAUCUCACAUCCAUUGCCAUGUCACAUGCAAAUAAUACAGAGAGCAAUACAAUCGAUGUGGACGACAAGGAUAAGAAGAAGAAGAAGGACGAAGAUGAUCCUUCCCUCAAUGAAACUAUCCUAAAUAAUACAGUGGAGAUUGAGGGUCAAGGUCGUUGCUUGCGUCUCUCUUACAAUCCCACAAAACACAUUUAUAAUUACUAUGGACAGGAGUGUACUUCGAGGCAUUACUAUAUCUGUGAAGCGGAAGACAAAACACUGGAUAAUAAAAUUAGGAAAAUCAGCAGAGAACUAAAGUUGUUCGAAUGAUCACGCAAUUGAAUAAACUUUCUUGUUGUUGAAGGCCAUUGCCGCUUUAAGAUCAGAAUACAUAGUCAUCUGUUAAAUUUAUGUCGAAAAUAACUAUGAUAAAUAUGUUUGAUAUUGACAUUGGAUUAUGACUGACUGUAUUUUAGUUUCAGGAUGAUAUAAAGGAUGUCAUAGUUUUUUUGGAGAUAUUAAAGUUUAGCAGUUGACUGUAAAUUGAUUUUAAGUGCAGCACAUCUUUGUUGUUUUUAAGUUUUAACUUAUUUUAAAAUAAAUCGUAAACCAUAUUAAUUUAUACUAAAUUAUAUAUAAACGAUAUAAAAAUAUAUUGAUAUUUGAAAAAAUAUCACGGAACUACUUUA